AAGCACGCAGACUACUUCUACAAACAUUUGUAAAAGAAUGGGUCGCUCUCAGGAGCUAAGUGAAUUCAAGCAUGGUACCGUGAUAGGUUGCCACUUGUGCAAUAGGUCCAUCCGUGAAAUUUUCUUGCUACUAAAUAUUCCACGGUCAACUGUUAGUGGUAUUAUAACAAAGUGGAAGCAACUGAGAAGAACAGCAAGUCAGCCACAAAGUGUUAGGCCACGUAAAAUGACAGCGCGGGCACAGCGCGUAGAAGAUAUUAACUGUCUGCAGAGUCAAUAGCUAAAGACCUCCAAACUUCAUGUGUCCUUCAGAUUAGCACAACAACAGUGCAUAGAGAGCUUCAUGGAAUGGGUUUCUAUAGCUGAGUAGCUGCAUUCAAGCCUUACAUCACCAAGUGCAAUGCAAAGCUGAAGAAUCAUGCUUCUCUCGCAAUCCGAUGGACAUGUCUGGGUUUGACGGUUGCCAGGAGAACUGUACUUGACUGACUGCAUUGUGUCAAGUGUAAAGUUU